CAACAUAGCGUACAACGUGAAUGGUAAUAAAGUGUCGUUUAAGCCGACUUAGUUAGAUCCAAUUUUAAGACAACAUAAGAAAAUGUCUGUGAAGAUACGAGAAGCUCGUCUGGAAGAUUAUGACGGUGUCAUGGAUAUAAACAAGGAUGUCUAUGAAGGGCUCGAUUACUUACCUUACAAGUAUAAGAUGUACAUCAAAGAAGGGCAAUCGAAAGGGAACCGAAUAUGCCUCCUUGCAGAGACCAACGAAGGAAAAAUCAUUGCGUUUGGAAUGGCCUUUCUUGUGGAUGAUGGUAAUACUGCAAUCCCUCAAGCUGCGAGGGUCCAUCCUGACUAUGGCUCAAAAGGAAUCAACAAUACGUUGGGAAACACACUAUUCGCUAAAUGCAGAGAGAAAUAUAAAAACACAAAGAUUGUUUCAACGACAUGGCACACAGAGAUUUGGGAAAGACGAGAACGCGAAGGAACGAGUCCAAUGAUGAUGACUGCUCGGUCGACUCGAAUAUCCUUUGAGACUGAACCACUUCCCCUGUCAAUUGCAUUGGAGAAAGCCUACAGACACAGUGAGGACUUGAGCAAACUAUUUGAGAGAACCUUGGUUCUUUCAAGAGAUGACGCGAGAGAACUGCUAUCCUCUCCUGAGCUUCGUGACUUCAUAAGAACAUCUGAUUUUGUCUACAGCUGGGAUGUGUUUAAUUUGAAAUUCGUCUCAAACGUCGAAUGGAUCAUUCAAUGCAACAAUGCGAUUGUUCGUACUCGGAACCAAGAUGGCGCACUGCGUGGAGUUAGCAUUGGGAAUAUCCUACCAUGUAAACUCGGCAUUCGGAUAUUUGUAGAUAUUUAUUGUGCCGAUGCAGAUGUAGUUAUUGCACAUAUUGUCAAACAUUUACAGUUGCUACAGCAGUUCUGUAAAUCAUCCCCACUUGUUGGAUCAUUCUUCCUGCACCAGUGCUCCGCGAAGCACAAGACCGAGGUGAAGACGUUCCUAAUGGAAUACAUGGGUUUAAAACCCAAGCAGAAUUUAAAUGAGAAAGAUUUUAUAAUCUUAGAAGGAAACGCAGUUUCAAAGUUGUAAUUAAUUCCAGAUAAAUAACUAGCAGUUGUUUUCGUUCGGAUAGUCAAUGUUAGGGUACAUGACUAUUCACACAAUGAAAUACAAUAAAAUAUAAACAAUACAAUAUCAUAACAAUACAGUUCACUAAUCUACACUAUACAGGCCCGUAGCCAGGGGUGUUCAAAGGGUUCGAGCGAACU